AUGGAUGCGGUGACUAUUCUGUAUAACCUGGCGAGGCGUCGCCUCGCUGACCAUGCCCUGAGGUUGUUCCUGCCUUACCAAGGUACUAAUAUUGAACAUUGCAUCACCCUCCCAUACCUCGCUUCUGAACCGAUACAGUGUUUGCAAGUCUGUCGAAGAAAGCGACCGUUCUACGCAGCAGCUGGCUCUGUCAUUGCCUCCCAACCAUGGUUACCAAGGUUGCAGCAAGUGCAGGAGCACCAGAGCCAGUGCCAUUCUCACUAUGGUAGUUGCAAUGCUACGUUCUUUGGCACCGUUUUCAAUAUUUUCCGGCUUCCUAUCCCUUCGUAUACCCAACCAUGGCUGAAACGACCCGAGCGAUUCGAGCAAGAUGGGAUCGGUUCAGGUCCACAGUCGCCCACAACUGCGUUGCCCAGUGACUUCGAACAGUCAGACAGUUCCAGCUCAGAUAUAUUUAUUUGCUCUCCUCCUGAGCCAUACUUAUCGACCAUCCUCAGGACUUGUACUACGUUGCUGGAUUCACCGCCGCCGUGUCGUAAGCGUCAGAAACAAACCAGCAGAGACAAUAUGGGGUAUCUCGACAUGCCCCCUGAGUGGGCUAAGAUUCACGCUGAAGGCGCACGUACGACAUCAACAACUCUCCAAGCAGCAGCUUUCCCCUCGUUGUCACUGGAUCAGCCACGUCAACCUGCCGCUGCUCAGGCACCUUGCGUGGCCUCUAACAUUGUCGAUCUUACAGAACCGGAAGAGGAGGAAGACGAUCUUGAGUGGAUACCUUCAACUUCGACACACAUUGAUGCUCCCAACGUUCUUAGCGAAGAUUCCAGGAAGGCUAUCGAGUAUCACGUUGGGCACUAUACUCCAGAAGACGGGCCUACCGGAGACGCAGUCCGAGCUGAACGUUCGCGUAUGAUCAAGGCUGGCGUCCUCCCAAAACCCAAACACCCCCGUAAGCCGAGCAAGACUAACCCUGACUAUGAGUAUUACAUUCUCCUUCAAAUUCGAGUGCGGGAGCUCUUGGAGAAAAAGCGGGAGCUCGAGGUCAAGCUCCGUUUCUCUAGAGACACAGAUCACGCACUCCGCACCGCACUCAAAGCAUCAUCCACCAAACCACUCUCAACUCUCCCAGCAACCAAGGAAUCCAUACAGCUCCUCAAGAAAGAGAUCAUGUUGUUAACCCAAAGGAUUUGGUCGGACAAACACCAAGACGAACACGCCGCCAAAGCUCGACAAGACUUCCUCACCAAACACCCAAAGCUCAAGGAGCCAGAGACCAAGUACGCAUUUCGACGUGGCGCGGAAGAUGCGUUCCUUCCUACCUUUGGACAUCAUGACGACCUCGAUUGGAAAGCUAUGCAAGCCAUAGCGAAGAAAACCCAGACGCAGACUGAAGGCAGACGGCCUUACUCCGUAGCUGAGUGGCCUCGUCUGGACCGUAAAGAGGUCUUGCCUGGACCGGUCGUCGACAUGGAGGGGACAGACUUCUACACAGAGAUUACUGAUAACCUCCGAUACCUCGGCGGCUGCGUGAAACCAGAAUCGCGCCUUCAGUGA